UUUUCUUCUAUAUAUCCAUGUCUCGUAAUAACAAUAACAAAAAGACUCCUUUGCUCACUCACUUGGUAGCCGGUGGUGCUGCUGGUUUUAUGGAAGCAUGUACUUGUCAUCCUUUAGACACAAUUAAAGUCAGAAUGCAACUGUCCAAGACUGGUUCUAGAAACGCCAAUGGCCAACGCCUCGGUUUUAUUGGUGUGGGUGCAAAGAUUGUAAAGAACGAGUCAUUUUGGGCUUUAUACAAAGGUUUGGGAGCCGUUGUUUCUGGUAUUGUGCCCAAAAUGGCUAUCCGGUUCUCCUCAUUUGAGCUUUACAAGUCUUGGAUGGCUGAUGAAACUGGGCAUGUAAGUACUGGUUCAGUAUUUCUUGCUGGUCUUGCUGCAGGUACCACAGAAGCCGUUUUGGUUGUAAGUCCCAUGGACUUGAUAAAAAUUCGUUUGCAGGCACAAAGACAUUCUAUGGCCGAUCCUUUGGAUAUCCCCAAGUAUCGUAAUGCACCUCAUGCUGCUUAUACCAUUGUAAAAGAAGAAGGCGUUAGAGCCUUAUAUAAAGGCGUUAGUUUAACAGCUUUGAGACAAGCCACAAACCAAGCUGCCAAUUUUACGGCUUAUCAAGAGUUCAAGAAAUACGCUCAAAAAGUCCAAAAUGUGUCCGAGUUGCCUUCGUAUCAACAUCUCAUUUUAGGUGGUGUCUCUGGCGCCAUGGGACCUCUUUCCAAUGCCCCUAUUGAUACCAUUAAGACCCGUAUCCAAAAAUCUUCUGCUCCUGGUAGUGGUUUCGAACGUUUCAAGACAGUUACUACUGAUAUUAUGAGAAAAGAAGGAUUUUUGGCCUUCUACAAGGGUUUAACACCUCGUUUGCUGCGUGUUGCACCUGGACAAGCAGUAACUUUCAUGGUUUACGAAAAAGUCAAAGCCAUGUUGGAUAAAUUCACAGACAAAGUAAAGGAAGGCGAGAUCACCACCAAAUUAAACUAAUGUAAUUUCCUUCCAACUUCACUUCUUAUCGCCCCCCUCAACUUAUAUAAUAAAUAAAAACUUCAUGAUUUUAAAGAAAAAGUCAUGAAAGAGAUAACG